UUAGGUUUCUUGGCUCCUCUUACUGCUGUGUGGGCUCACUUCACCCCCUCUUUUUUGAAUGUUUUUACACCUAUAGAAGUUGUGAUAUUUCUCUUAAGCUCUUCCUCCUAGACACUUAAACCUGGGUCUUUCAGACAAUCUAGCUCUUUGGUUUUUUCCCCUCUCCUUCAACUCUACAACAUGAGCAUGGAUCCAGUUAGUCCCCAAAGCCUGCCUUGCCCAGAAACAUCCAAUUCUGGAGAGUCUUCGCCAAUGCCUGAGGUUUAUGAAUCUGAAGAAAAUUAUCCAUCCUUGCUUCAGCCCUCCGCUGAGAUGCCCCACAUGGAGAAUGUCUCUCCUCUUCCUUCCUCCAUGGAUCUGCUUAUUCAGGACAGCCCUGAUUCUGCCACCAGUCCCAGAGUCAAACUCCUCUCCACUUCUGGAGAGAACAACACAGGGAAGAGGGAAGAUAGGGUCCCGGUCAAGAAACAGAAGAGCAGAACUGUGUUCUCACAGACCCAGCUGUGUGUGCUCAAUGACAGAUUUCAAAGACAGAAAUACCUCAGCCUUCAGCAGAUGCAAGAACUUUCCAGUCUCCUGAACCUCAGUUACAAACAGGUAAAGACCUGGUUCCAAAAUCAGAGAAUGAAAUGUAAGAGGUGGCAGAGGAGCAGCUGGCCAAAGAGCGGUGUGACUCAGCUCUCGGCACCUACAGACUACACCAGUCUCUAUUCCUAUCACCAGGGUUGCCUGAUGAACGCUCCUGAAAGCCUUCCAAUAUGGAGCAACCAGACCUGGAGUAACCCACCUUGGGGCAGCCAGCCCUGGAGCCACCAGCCCUGGUGUGCUCAGCCUUGGAACAACCAGAGCUGGAACCAUCAGACCUGGAACAGUUCAUUCCUCAGCUCUGGGGAGGACCCCCUGCCACCCUUGCUCCAGCUCCAACAAAAUUUCUCUCUCAGGGCCUCCCCGGUGGCUGAUUUGGAGGCCACCUUGGAAAUUUGUGGGGAAAACCAUAACAUUAUACAGCCACCCACUAAGUAUUUUAGUACCCAGCAAAUCAUGGAUUUAUUCCCGAAUUAUUCCAUGAAUGCACAGUCUGAAGAUGUGUGAA